AUGGAAUUCGGGUGUUUUGUGCAAAUAGACCUCCCGGGCAGCCACGAAAAAAAGGAGGGACUGGUGCACGUGUCGCAGAUCGCGUCGCGGCGGAUUAACAGCGCAAAGGACGCGGUGGAGAGGGAUCAAGAGGUGUGGGUGAAGGUGAUCAGCAUGUCCGGGCAGAAACUCUCUCUCAGCAUCCGUGACGUGGAUCAGAAAACGGGCAAGGACCUCCUGCCCAUGAAAAAAAAACCUUCCGCGGAAGGGGACGGGGAGGGCGACGAUCGCAGCAACCCGGCCGGGCCGGGCACGCGCGGAUUAUCCGGGAUCCGCAUCGUGGAAGAGGAUAACGCCACGGGGCGGCGUCCUGGCCGUCGGAUGUCGUCUCCAGAGCGAUGGGAGGCGCAGCAGUUAGUCGCCUCGGGGGUUCUAGACGUGACGGAUUACCCACAGUACGACGACGAAGGCGGGGGGCUGCUUUAUCAGGACGAGGGCGAGGAGCAGGAAGUAGAGAUCGAGUUGAACGAAGACGAGCCGGCGUUUCUCCGCGGGCAGACGCGCGCGAGUAUCGACGUGUCGCCUGUUAAGAUCGUUAAGAAUCCUGACGGGUCGCUGCAGCGCGCCGCCAUGACGCAGUCCGCGCUCGCCAAGGAGCGCCGCGAGCUGCGCGAGCAGCAGCAGCGCAGCAUGCUGGACAGCAUCCCGAAAGAUCUGAACCGUCCGUGGGAAGAUCCGAUGCCGGAAUCCGGCGAGAGGCACCUCGCGCAGGAGCUGAGGGGCGUGGGGCUCGCCGCGUAUGACAUGCCCGAGUGGAAGAAAGACGCGUUUGGCAAGGCGCCCACGUUCGGGCAGCGGUCGAAGCUUUCGAUGCAGGAGCAGCGGCAGAGCCUGCCAAUCUACAAGCUGAAAAACGAGCUGAUCCAGGCUGUGAACGAAAACCAGGUGCUGGUGGUGAUCGGCGAGACAGGGUCCGGGAAAACCACGCAGAUGACGCAGUAUUUGGCCGAGGCGGGGUAUACGAGCAAGGGGAGAAUUGGGUGCACGCAGCCGCGGCGUGUGGCGGCUAUGUCCGUUGCCAAGCGUGUGGCUGAGGAGUUUGGGUGCCGGUUGGGGGAAGAGGUGGGGUAUGCGAUCCGGUUUGAGGAUUGCACGAGUCCCGAGACGGUGAUUAAGUACAUGACGGAUGGCAUGCUUCUGAGGGAGAUUCUGGUGGAUGAGGAUUUAAGUUCUUAUUCGGUGAUUAUGCUGGAUGAGGCGCACGAGAGGACUAUUCAUACCGAUGUGCUGUUCGGGCUGUUGAAAGAUUUGCUGGUGAAGAGGAAGGACAUGCGGCUGAUUGUUACGUCGGCGACCCUGGAUGCGGAGAAGUUUUCGAAUUACUUUUUCCAGUGCCCGAUUUUUACGAUUCCGGGCAGGACUUUUCCGGUGGAGGUGUUGUAUACGAAGGCGCCUGAGACGGAUUAUUUGGAUGCUGCCCUGAUUACGGUGAUGCAGAUUCACCUGACCGAACCUGAGGGCGACAUUCUUUUGUUUCUGACCGGGCAGGAGGAGAUUGACACGUCAUGCCAGAUUCUGUACGAGCGAAUCAAAGGGCUCGGGCCGUCGGUCCCGGAACUUAUCAUCCUGCCCGUGUACAGCUCCCUGCCCAGCGAAAUGCAGACGAGAAUCUUCGACCCUGCCCCACCGGGCACCCGAAAAGUCGUCGUGGCCACUAACAUCGCAGAAGCAUCCCUGACCAUUGAUGGGAUCUACUACGUGGUUGAUCCGGGCUUUGCCAAGCAAAAAGUCUACAACCCGAAGCUGGGUCUCGAUUCCCUCGUCAUCACACCCAUCUCCCAAGCCUCGGCGCGGCAGAGGGCCGGCCGAGCCGGACGCACAGGUCCGGGGAAGUGCUACCGGCUGUACACGGAAAGCGCGUACCGCAACGAAAUGCUGCCCACCACAGUGCCCGAAAUCCAGCGCACCAACCUGGGCAUGACAACCCUAACUCUUAAAGCCAUGGGCAUCAAUGACCUGCUGGCGUUUGACUUCAUGGAUCCGCCACCACCCCAGGCUUUAAUCUCCGCCAUGGAGCAGCUGUACAAUCUCGGAGCGCUGGAUGAGGAGGGGCUGCUGACGAAACUCGGGCGGAAAAUGGCCGAGUUUCCGCUCGAGCCGCCGCUGUCAAAGACACUGAUCGCGAGCGUGGAUCUGGGUUGCUCCGAGGAGAUUCUGACGAUCAUCGCGAUGCUGCAGGCGCAGAAUAUCUUUUACCGGCCGCGCGAGAAGCAGGCGCAGGCGGAUCAGAAGAAGGCCAAGUUUUUCCAGCCCGAGGGGGACCACCUGACGCUGCUGGCUGUGUACGAGGCGUGGAAGGCCAAGAACUUUUCAGGGCCGUGGUGCUAUGAGAACUUUGUGCAGAGCCGGUCGCUGCGGCGCGCGCAGGACGUGAGGAAGCAACUCCUCACGAUCAUGGACCGGCAUCAGAAGAAGGCCAAGUUCUUUCAGCCCGAGGGGGACCACCUGACGCUGCUGGCGGUGUACGAGGCGUGGAAGGCCAAGAACUUCUCCGGGCCGUGGUGCUACGAGAACUUUGUGCAGAGCCGGUCGUUGAGGCGCACACAGGAUGUAAGGAAACAGCUUCUCACCAUCAUGGACCGGUACAAGCUGGACGUCGUCUCUGCUGGCAGAAACUUCAUCAAGAUCCGCAAGGCGCUCUGCUCAGGCUUCUUCUUCCAUGCGGCCCGCAAGGAUCCCCAAGAGGGGUACCGCAGCAUCGUGGAGAACCAGCCCGUCUACAUCCACCCCUCCUCCGCACUCUUCCACAUGCUCCUCCUCUCCUCUCAUGCACCUCUUUCUCCCCGUUUCCCCUUCGCCUCUCCUCUCCUCUCUUCUCCUCCCCUCUCCUCGUUCCUGCUUGUCUUCCCUCCCGCACACACAUCCAGGUACAAGCUGGACGUGGUAUCAGCAGGCAGAAACUUCAUCAAGAUCCGCAAAGCCCUCUGCUCAGGCUUCUUCUUCCAUGCGGCCCGCAAGGAUCCUCAAGAGGGCUACCGCAGCAUCGUGGAGAACCAGCCCGUCUACAUCCACCCCUCCUCAGCGCUCUUCCAGCGCCAACCCGACUGGGUUUUAUACCACGAGCUGGUGAUGACGACUAAAGAGUACAUGAGGGAGUGCACGCUGAUUGAUCCAAGAUGGCUGGUGGAGCUGGCGCCGCGGUUCUUCCGACAGGCGGAUCCCACGAAGCUGAGCAAGAGGAAGCGGCAGGAGCGCAUCGAGCCGCUGUAUGAUCUGCAUGGAGCCACUGCAGUGCAUGGAGCCACUGCAGUGCAUGGAGCCACUGCAGUGCAUGGAGCCACUGCAGUGCAUGGAGCCACUGCAGUGCAUGGAGCCACUGCAGUGCAUGGAGCCACUGCAGUGCAUGGAGCCACUGCAGUGCAUGGAGCCACUGCAGUGCAUGGAGCCACUGCAGUGCAUGGAGCCACUGCAGUGCAUGGAGCCACUGCAGUGCAUGGAGCCACUGUGUGA